AUGACAAAUUUGACGACGAAACAAGUGGGAGCAUGGCUACAAAGUAUUGGCUUUGAACUAUAUGUCACAAAGUUCAGUGAUAAACAAAUUGAUGGUACAGCUCUACUAGCUUUAUCUGAUGAUGCAAUCGUUCAGUUACUGUCUUUGAGCAGUGAAGAUGAAAAGCAAAAUAAGGCAGCCAUUAAAAAAUUCAAAAAACGAUUGGAACAAUUGAAAGCGGACCACAAGGAAGAUUCAAGCAGACAUCGAAAAGAACAACGAAAUCCUGCCACUUUGACAUCGUCAACAAUGGUAACCUCGAGUAUACAUGAAGACCUAGUGACUGAGAAAAGUAUCAAUCCCACCUACACAAAGAUCCUAACUAUUUCUCAUGAUAGUAAUCGAGUCAGUAUACACUUUUUUAACGAUCCACUGUUCUGUGUCAAAUUGCAACAAUAUCUAUAUAAAACAUAUGGUAUAACAUGUUCGAUUGAAUCUGAACAAAAGAAAAUUAUCUUAACGUUGGUUGGUACAAAGCAUCAAGUGAAAAAUGGUUGUGGUGACAUCAUAAUUCUCUUCGAAUCAACACAAACGAAAAUCUAUAACUCAGAAUCUGUGGAUCGAAAAGCUAUUUACUGGUCAAAACAUAUUUUUUCGGAUGCAACAAUUAGUGUAAUCCAACAAAUAAUGAACAAUGAAAAACUAUUUACGGUUUGGGAAAAAUCAGAAAUGUUUUCUGGCUUUUAUAAAGUGGUAUACUUCACUCAUGAAUCUUUUGCAGCUUCUGAAGAGUCAAUUACUCAAAUAUUAAAUCGUGAAAUAGCAUUCGUUGAAUAUAUUAAAAUGCCCAAUGAGAAAACAAAAACUUUCCUCGACGAAAUCGAACAAUUCAUAAUUACUGCAAAACAACCAGAAUUAGCUGUUAUUCGUUGUAAAUAUCCAUUCAAAAUGGAAAUCAAUGUCAGUUUGUUUGGACGAAAAAAAUUGGUAAAAACAGUGAAGAAACAGAUAGAAUUACUCGUUAAGAAGCAUACAGUAAAAUCAUUCGGAAUUAAAAUGACUCCAGCACAACAUAUUUAUCUAGUAGACAAUUAUCUUCAACGAUUUAAAGACAUUGAGAACGAUUAUAAAAAUGAUAAUGUUAAAAUACGAAUACGACAGAAAGAAUUCUAUGCACCUCAAUAUUUGAUCGAAACAAUCAAACAACACAUUAAUGAACUAAUAUGUCACACAACUACGUGCAUAAUUCAAACGAUGGAAAAUUCCAUUUCCUUAACCGAUGAUGAAAAGACACAACUGAUUGAGAUUGCCAAAAGGUAUUACUGUUCUAUAGAAAGAAUUGAAUCGAAUACUGAAGUACAAAUAUGUUCAAUUCCGAUAGCAUUAACAAAAACAUCAUCAACUUCAACUGCAAUGAUACAGCAAUCAAAGGCAUUCUGUUCAUCGUUGUCUGUGAAGAAAAUUUCCGUGCUAAAUAGUUCAAUAGAAGUUUAUACUGCUGAUCAUUCCAUGCCACUUUUGGUAAGUAAAAGUGUCGUCGUCACCAGUACAUGCAUAUUAUCUAUUCAGGAGGACGUUAUUGUGGUUUCUACAGAUGCAGGAGCUAUUCAAGAACGUAUUGAAUGUGUGCAUAAAAAUGGAUUCUAUGGAACAUCUUUCGGUAGAAAAGUUAUACUGUGUCACUGGCAGCAUCUAACAAGAACGAAUUGUAAAGCGGGUACAGAAUUAAAACGAUUGGUUACAAAAUUUAUUUCAAUUAUUGCAAAAAGUAUUACUGCUGAUUGUCCUGAUGCUGAAAAGAUUGCAUUUUUGACACAUGAAUGGGAGAAUUUUGGCAACGAAACGCAGUUUGCUGAAGAGUUUAUUUUUGAAUUGAAACGAGUACUUGAAAAAACAAAACCACGUUGGAGACUUUUGUUUAUGUUCAAUCAUAAACAAAAUCAAUUAUGUGAAGCAUUUUUUCAAGCAAUGAUUCGUCUACAGUCCGAUGAAGAUGGCUUUGCUCAAUUUUCCUGUCCGCUAUCAAAAAAACGCGUGUUGCUGCAACUUGACCUCAAGACGUUUCAAUUAAGCUUAACUGGUUCAGCAAAAAAUGUCGAAAAAGCCAUUGAAAAAUAUAAACUGAUGUCUGAAAUAUUGAUCUUGAAGUCAUCAACAAGAAGUCUAUCGUUAUCAAAACCAGGAUCGUCUACUGUCGAAAAAAAACAGUCUGAUUCAGAUAAUCACAGUAGUUAUAACAUUGCCUUCAGUUAUUGUAAACAAGACAAAAUUGUCUGUCGACAAAUUACAACGUUCUUGUCGGGUGAAGGCUAUUCAUUGUGCCACUCAUCAUUUAACAGAUCUCUAUCAUACCAACAAAUUGAAAGGUCCGAUAUAUUGUUAAUCUACUUCAGUGAAACCUACACUAAAGAUGUACAUUGUAUGAGCGAUUUAAACUACGCCGAAUCAAUAGGAAAACAAAUCAUACCGGUUGCAGUAAUGAAAAGUAUGCAUCAAGAAACAGAAGAAAAUACGUGGCUGCAAUCAGUAACCAAUGCUCAACUAUUCUACGAUCUAUUUGAUACCGAAAUAGAGAUCGAGUUUGAAGACGAUUUCGACAUGGAAUGUGAUAAAUUGUUAGCAACACUACUGCGCCAUACGAAACCUGGUGUGACUGGUCAGCUUUAUCCUCAAGCAACAUCGAUCAUGUCUGAAACAAAGCAGAUGAAUACAAUUAAUGAACAAGUGACAUUCGGUCAUGUGUCAAUGAAAUUACAAAAUGUGACUGAUGAACAACGAGAAGAAGGAGAAAGAACUUACAGGAUACGAUUGAAACAACGCAUGGAAAAGGAAAAGAUCCCUAGCGAUGAAGUAGACGUUUUGAUUUGCGAGUUGAAACUUGUUAUGGAUGAUUUAAAUGCAAUUUUGAGAGGAGAAAAUCCGGAUAGUGCCGUUGAAUUGAGUCCUCGUGAUCGAUAUUCAUAUAGACGAAAAGAUAUUCAAUAUUCAAAAGUAUUAACACAUGCGAUUUUGAAUUGCAUCAAACGUUGGCUAAAGAAAGCGCCAAACUAUAUGAAGAAAAAUGUCGCACCGUUUACUCCCACUGGCGAUAUUAAUGAUGCUACAUUUCGAUUGUACGAAUCUACUAAUCACGAUUGGUGGAAACCCGAUUACGAACCAUUUGCAGCUCUACCACCGCAAGAUUAUUUCUCAUUACCAAAGUCAAAUCCAGGUUCUUGGUUUACAGCUGAGCAAGCUCAAGAUUGUUUUCAACUAUUAAUAAAACAUGAUAGAGCAGUAAACACAAUGAACAUGAAACUUGAUAAUAAUGAAACAGCUUGGGAUACGGUUUCUAUUAGUGAAGUAGAUAGUGAAAAUGCUACAAAUGAAGAAGAUGAUAUUGAUGAUCAAUGGAAAACUCCAGAAGAAAUAAAAAAGAUUCAAGAGCUUGACAAUCCAAAGCGCAGAUGGAAGCGAAAGAAUCAAUUUACAGAAGCGUUUAUGAGACAAAAACUACAAAAUAUCAUCGAGUUUCAACAACUUUGUGAUAGACAAACUAGUAUUGAAUUGGAAUUGUUUCAUUAUAAGAGAAAAAAUCCAAAUAUUUUUUCUGUUGCUACAAAAUAA